GUUCUUUCUUUUUUUUUUCUUCAUCACUCUUUUUUUCUUUCUUUUUUCUUUUAGUUAAUUACGAUGCCUAUUAUUAACGCUUUCACUCUUUCAAGAAAAUAUCCUCAACUUCAAGUAAACGAUAUCAAUAGUCUUAUUGAUCAAUUCAAUGACUGUGACCUUGAUGGUGAUGGUUAUUUAGACCAACGUGAAAUUCAACAAGCUUGUAAGGAUACUGGUUAUAGUGACGAUUAUGAUGAAAUUCGAGCUACUCUUAAACAAGUCAGUACUAGUGCUACCAAUAAGAUUGAUAUGGAAGAAUUUGUAGAGUUAGCUGCCAAAUUAAAAGAUGGAAAAAACAAAGGUGCCUUUGAUGUUCAUCAACAUAAAAUUAAAGUUCAGGGCACUAAUGCAAACGUCACUCAUACUAUCAAUGAAGAUGAAAGAACUGAAUUCACUAGACAUAUUAAUAGUGUCAUGGCUGGUGAUGCUCAUAUUGGUCAUCGACUUCCUAUUCCCACAAAUACUAUGCAACUUUUUGAUGAAUGUCGAGAUGGUCUUAUUCUUUGUAAAUUGAUUAACGAUGCUGUUGCCGAUACUAUUGAUGAACGUGUAUUAAAUGUGGGUGGCAAGAAACAAAUCAAUCAAUUCCAAAUGGUGGAAAACAACAAUAUUGUCAUUAAUUCUGCAAAGGCUAUUGGAUGUUCAGUUGUCAAUAUUGGUUCUCAAGAUAUCAUGGAAGCAAGAGAACAUUUGAUUCUAGGACUUAUCUGGCAAAUUAUUAAACGUGGAUUGUUGAGUAAGAUUGAUAUUAAAUUACAUCCUGAACUCUAUCGACUUUUGGAAGAUGGCGAAACAUUGGAUGAAUUUUUAAAAUUACCUCCUGAUCAAAUCUUAUUACGUUGGUUUAACUAUCAUCUUAAGAAAGCCAAUGGUUGGGAACGACGUGUCACUAAUUUCAGCAAAGAUGUCGCUGAUGGUCAAAAUUAUACUGUCCUUUUGAAUCAAUUGAAACCCGAUCAAUGCAGUUUGGCUCCUCUUCAAGAAUAUGAUACUCUGCGUCGUGCCGAAAUGGUCCUGGAUAAUGCCGAUCGUAUUGAAUGUCGUAAAUAUUUGACUCCCAAGGCUCUCGUCGCUGGUAAUCCUAAACUCAACUUGGCCUUUGUCGCUCACUUGUUUAAUACCCAUCCUGGUUUGGAUCCUUUGACUGAAGAAGAAGCUCCUGAAAUCGAACCUUUUGAUGCUGAAGGUGAACGUGAAGCAAGAAUGUUUACAUUAUGGCUCAACUCUUUGAAUGUGGAUCCUGGUGUUUAUAACUUAUUUGAGGAUUUGAAGGAUGGAUUAGUAUUAUUACAAGCAUACGACAAGGUGGUACCUGGAUUAGUGAAUUGGCGUUUGGUUAGCAAGAAACAACCUUUGAGUCGAUUUAAACAAAUUGAAAAUUGUAACUAUGCUGUUAUGUUAGGUCAAGAAAGACGAUUCUCACUUGUUGGUAUUCAAGGCGCUGAUAUUACGGAUGGACAACGUACAUUGACUCUUGGUUUGGUCUGGCAAUUAAUGCGGGAAAAUAUCAUACACACAUUGCAAUCAUUGACAGCAAAAGGUAGUGGUAGACCAGUGACGGAUCAAGAUAUGGUACGCUGGGCAAAUGAAUGUGUGGUUCGCGGUGGUAAGGCAAGUAAGAUGACAUCAUUCCGUGAUCCAACUUUACGUUCGGGUAUCUUCUUUUUGGAUGUAUUGAAUGGUCUCAAACCUGGUAUCGUCGAUUACUCUAUGGUAACCCGUGGUGUAUCCGAUGAUGAUGCUUUCAACAAUGCUCGUUUGGCUAUUUCUAUUGCUCGUAAAUUAGGUGCAACCAUCUUUUUGGUACCUGAAGAUAUUGUUGAAGUGCGAGCCAAAAUGAAUUUGACUUUUAUUGGCAGUUUAAUGGUGGUGGAUCGACAACAACAAUGAACAAUAGCAAUAGUAGGAACAUCCUUUUAUUAUUUAUUUAUUAUUUUUUUUUAGUUGUAGCUGUAGUUUUCAAUCAUUUCACCUUUUUUUUAUAUAUAUAUAGGAUCUUGUAAUAAAACUAUUUUAUUUUUAUUUAA